AUGCCUCGAGUGCGCGGCACGGCGGGCGCUGGCGCAGGCGGACAAUCCGGGGCAUCCCCAGUCAAGACGGUCCAGAUCCCGCUUAACGAUGACAAGGAAGAGAAGGCGGCGCGACUGCAAUCACGACAAGCCCUCCACUCCAAACAGAUGAGCCAACUCAAGGCCGCCGCCAAUGCGACGCCGCAAAGAAAAGGAAGGAGAUCUCUCGGCGGCGAUGCGGGUCCGCACACGCCCAGCCAGGACGACGACGACGAUGGUGCGAAUGUGUACGGUGUGCGCGGCGACCAUGUCACUCCGAUGAAGCGCGUGCCCAUCCUCGCCAACUUCGAGGAAUGGAUGAAGAUGGCGACGGACAACAAAAUCAACGCGGCCAAUAGCUGGAACUUUGCGCUGAUUGACUAUUUCCACGACAUGACCCUGCUGCGCGAGGGAGACGGCGUCAACUUCCAAAAGGCCAGCUGUACGUUGGACGGCUGCGUGAAAAUCUACACAUCCCGCGUAGACAGCGUGGCUACCGAGACGGGAAAGCUGUUGAGCGGUCUGGCGGACAGCGGGAACAAAAAGCGCAAGGGCGGGGAUGCGGAGAAUGAAGGAGAAGAUGCUGAGGAUGAUGAGGAGAACGAGGAUGGCACCAAGAAGAAGGGACGGAAAAAGGCGGCUCGAUCGGCAGAGGCGACGUUGGCCAAUUCCUUUGAUCAACUUCGUUUGAAGAAGAUGGAACUGGAGUUUUCUGUCGACCCACUGUUCAAGAAGGCCUCGGCGGACUUUGACGAAGGAGGUGCAAAAGGUCUUCUACUCAACCAUCUCUCCAUCGACAGCACGGGCCGCAUUGUCUUUGACAGCAGUGACGAUGCACAAGCGGAGGAGAAUGAUGACUCCCGUCGCGAUAGCAUGGAACCUGAUGGAGGAGAGGAGGGUGUUGAAAAGGAAGCUCCUGCUGAAGAACCCGCAUCACAAGAUCUUCCCAUCGACAUUCAUGCGCUCGGUCUCCGCUUCUUCCCGGAUCUUGAAAGGCUGGACGAGCAGGACAUUUGUCCGACGAUGAAGACAUUCGAGCUGGGUGGCGGCACCGACAGCACUCUCGACCUGCCUUUCCUGAAAGCACCCGAGAACUGGCGAGAUGAUCACGCCGAAAGCCAGACUGAUGACCAAAAUGUCGACCACGCCGACGACCACACUGCGGCCUUUGGAAUGGAUGACGAUGACGCUGGUAUGGGCGGCUUUGAUUUAGCUCCCGAAGUGGCGUUUGGUGAGGGAGGUGAAGCUUGGGCACGCGACGCUGCACUCCAACCUCAAAUGCGUGUGUUCGACGCCUCUGCAGGCGCGGAUGCUGGGGAAGAUGAUGCUGCAGGAGAGGUGGGCGUCUUCGAUCACACCGCGAAUGCGUAUGGCGUGACACUACAACACCGUCCAGAUCACGACCAGGAAAACAUUCUCAACUACUUUGACAACGCCAUGCAGAAGAAUUGGGCCGGCCCGGAACACUGGAAGAUUGCCAGAAUCAAGGAGGCGACAAAAGAUAAAGACAAGCCCAAAAACGUACGCAAAGAAAAGGAGCCGUUUGAGAUUGACUUCUCAUCCCCGAUGAGCCAGGAUCUGGCCAACAUCCUCUACACAUCUGCAAGCAACAACAGCGCCAUCAGCUUACCGAAGAAAGAAUGGAAGAGCAGGACACGAAAUCUCCUACCAGACGACAAGCACUUCAACUCAAAGGAUCUGCUCAAAUUAUUCCUCAAGCCCAAAGCCAAGCUUGGCGCGAGAAGAUCAAGACAACACAACGAAGCUGAAGUUGACGAAGCAUAUUGGGCUGCUCAAGCGCGGGCAGAUGUCAAAGCCAUACAUCCAAUGGAUGAUGACGAUGCACCGUUACAAGGCGACUACGACGCAAACUUCUUCCAAGAUGACGGUCUGCCCAUGGCUGGCGGUGCAAUGGAUGACGAUGAUGAUGAUUUUGCCGACGCACAAGAGAACUUCCUCCCUGAUGGUCGUGCCGAGGGCGUAGAAGCUCCUGUUGGGGAAGGCAUCGACUCAAUACCAAUGUCAAGCAGCGAUGCGUUUGGCGCAAAUCUCGUGGCUCAAAGUCGACGAAUGCGGCCUGAAUAUGUCCAAUAUGCACGAGUGGCGAAGAAGGUGGAUGUCCGACGUUUGAAGGAGGAGAUGUGGAGAGGUAUCGGAUAUGAGGCAUUGGCACCACCCGAAACACCAAAUCAGCGUCCGCAGAUACCUUCCUUGUCGCAAGCACUUGGCGGCGAGAAAGCCGAGCUGAUGUUCACGGACAUCAUGAACAAUCUGCAGCAUGUCUAUCCUAGACAGCAAAUGAGUGACAUCAGUACGAGUUAUGGGUUUAUUUGUUUGCUGCAUUUGGCGAAUGAGAAGGGGUUGGUGGUGGAGAAUUGUGAGGAUAUGGGAUGGAGGGAUCUGAGAGUUAGGAGGGAUUUUGAUGCUGUCGUCKGAGGUGGGGAAUGA